UCUUACCUUUUGAUUUAACAUUCUGGUAGAUUGAGGGUCAGAUUGGAUUCAUUUCUAGGGUUUUCUGUCUCAGUCAAGAUUGGAUUUGGGUAGUUCUUCUUCGGGGGCUGAUUCCUACUCCAGGAUAUUUCUUCUCCCUCUAUCAAGCCAAAGUGGACAGAAAUUAAAAUCUUAAAGCAAAAGAACAAUAUGGCUGUUUCGAAUAGGGAUUUGGAUCCUGCUUUCCAGGGAGCUGGACAAAAGGCUGGAAUAGAGAUAUGGCACAUCGUAAAUUUCCGUCCUGUGUCUGUACCCAAGAACUUCUAUGGCAAGUUUUUCACUGGAGAUUCAUAUGUCAUUUUGAAGACCACUGCCUUAAAAAGUGGUUCCUUACGUCAUGAUAUCCAUUAUUGGCUUGGUAAAGAUACCAGUCAGGAUGAAGCUGGUACCGCAGCAGUCAAGACAGUAGAAUUGGAUGCAGCUCUAGGCGGACGUGCUGUUCAGUACCGGGAGGUACAGGGCCAUGAAACAGAGAAGUUCCUAUCUUAUUUUAAACCAUGUAUCAUACCUCAAGAAGGAGGAGUUGCAUCGGGGUUCAAGCAUGCUGAGGCUGAAGAGCACCAGACACGCUUAUAUGUCUGCAAAGGGAAACAUGUAGUCCAUGUAAAAGAGGUGCCAUUUGCUCGAUCCUCACUCAAUCAUGAUGACAUUUUCAUUUUGGAUACCAAGUCCAAAAUUUUUCAGUUUAAUGGUUCCAACUCAUCUAUUCAAGAGAGGGCUAAAGCCCUAGAAGUUGUCCAAUACAUUAAAGAUACAUAUCAUGAUGGGAAAUGUGAGAUAGCUGCCAUUGAGGAUGGCAAAUUGAUGGCCGAUGCUGAAACGGGAGAGUUCUGGGGUUUCUUUGGUGGCUUUGCUCCACUUCCAAGAAAGGCAGUCACUGAAGAUGAUAAAACUGUCGAAGCUUUUUCCACGAAAGUGCUUUGUGUUGAGAAAGAUCAGGUCCAGCAUGUCGAAGCUGAUUCCUUGACAAGGGAAUUGCUCGACACAAAUAAGUGCUAUAUUCUGGAUUGUGGAAUGGAAGUUUUUGUGUGGAUGGGAAGAAAUACAUCUCUUGAUGAGAGAAAGAGUGCAAGUUCAGCUGCAGAAGAGUUAGUUCGUGGCCCUGAUCGACCCAAAUCUCACAUAAUUCGUGUUAUCGAGGGAUUUGAGACAGUGUUGUUCCGUGCAAAGUUUGAUUCAUGGCCUCAAACAAGUGAUACUACUGUAUCGGAUGAUGGUAGAGGCAAAGUUGCUGCACUUCUGAAACGCCAAGGAGUUAACGUCAAAGGACUUUUGAAGGCUGCACCUGCCAAAGAAGAACCACAACCAUAUAUUGAUUGCACAGGCAAUCUGCAGGUUUGGCGUGUGAAUGGCCAGGAAAAGACUCUUAUUCCAACUUCUGAACAGUCAAAGUUUUACAGUGGAGAUUGUUAUAUCUUUCAGUACUCAUAUCCAGGAGAAGAUAGAGAGGAAUACCUUAUUGGCACUUGGUUUGGGAAACGAAGUGUGGAGGAUGAAAGAGCUUCAGCAAUCUCUCUGGCAAGCAAGAUGAUUGAGUCAUUGAAGUCUCAGGGCACUCGGGCUCGUAUCUUUGAAGGAAACGAAACUAUUCAAUUCUUUUCAAUCUUUCAGAGCUUUAUUGUAUUUAAGGGUGGUGUUAGUUCUGGGUAUAAGAAUUACAUCAUGGAGAAAGAAAUCCCAGAUGACACCUAUGCAGAAGAUGGUAUUGCAUUAUUUCGAGUUCAAGGUUCUGGACCUGACAACAUGCAAGCAAUCCAAGUUGAAUCGGUGGCAUCAUCUUUGAAUUCUGCUUACUGUUACAUAUUAGUUAGCGAUCCCACCGUCUUCACAUGGUCUGGAAGCCUAAGUACUCCAGAGGACCAGGAGCUUGUUGAGAGACAGCUAGAUCUGAUAAAGCCCAAUGUGCAGUCAAAACCACAAAAAGAAGGCUCUGAAUCUGAACAAUUUUGGAGUUUGCUUGGAGGUAAAUCUGAGUACCCCAGCCACAAGAUUGCAAGAGAUGCUGAAAGUGAUCCUCAUUUAUUCUCUUGCACUUUCUCGAAAGGUGAUUUGAAGGUUGCUGAGAUAUUCAACUUCAGCCAAGAUGAUUUGAUGACAGAAGACAUAUUUAUCCUGGAUUGUCGUUCAGAUAUCUUUGUUUGGGUUGGGCAACAGGUGGACUCCACGAACAGGUCACAAGCUUUGACUAUUGGUGAGAAAUUCCUUGAACAUGAUUUUCUUCUGGAAAAGUUAUCUCUUGAAGCUCCAAUUUAUAUUGUCAUGGAAGGAAGUGAGCCACCCUUCUUCACACGUUUCUUCUCAUGGGACUCUGCCAAGUCUGCAAUGCAUGGAAAUUCGUUUCAGAGGAAGCUUGCAAUAGUGAAGAAUGGAGUCACUCCGAUAGUUGAUAAGCCCAAGAGGAGGACUCCUGUAUCAUAUGGAGGAAGGUCUAGUGUGCCAGACAAGUCACAGCGGUCCAGAAGCAUGUCUUUUAGCCCAGAUCGGGUUCGUGUGAGAGGCAGGUCCCCAGCUUUCAAUGCUCUAGCUGCUAAUUUUGAGAAUGCAAAUGCCAGGAAUCUAUCAACUCCACCUCCUAUGGUUAGGAAGAUCUAUCCAAAAUCUGUUACGCCAGAUUCUGGAAAACUGUUGUCAAAAUCAGCAGCAAUAGCAGCACUAACUGCUACAUUUGAAAAACCGGUGGCAAAAGAAACUAUUGCACCAAGACCUGUACGAGGGAACUCUGAGUCACCCAAACCAAAACCAAAACCAAAACCAGAGGCAAACUCAAAGGAUAACACCAAUUCUAUGAGCAGUAGAAUAGAAGCACUCACCAUACAGGAAGACGUGAAGGAGGGUGAAGCUGAAGAUGAUGAAGGGCUUCCAGUACACCCCUAUGAACGCCUUAAAACAUCAUCAACUGAUCCUGUUACAGAUAUUGAUGUGACCAAGAGAGAGACUUACCUGUCUUCAGAAGAGUUCCGGGAGAAAUUUGGGAUGGCAAAGGAUGCUUUCUAUAAGUUUCCAAAAUGGAGGCAGAACAAACUCAAAAUGUCUCUUCAGUUGUUCUGAGUUGCCUUCAUGUCUCUAGAUUUUCUUCGGCUCCCUGUAAUAUACUUGCAGGUUGAGAAACCAUGGUUAUAGAUCUGGACUCAAAAACUCCUAGGGGUUAAGGGGACAGCAUCAGUGCAUUUUUAGCUGCUUCUGCUCCCCAGAAGCUGGUUUUCAUGGUUGAUGGACAGGACCAGGUUUCUCUUGUCAAUUUUUUUCUUUUGAUUGCAUGUCCAACUUUGUCUCUUUUUUCCAUUUUUUCACUUUUUUCCCCUUUUGGUUUUGUCCGAGUUAGCCAGUUUUAUUCUUUAUGGGCACAGGUUGGUUGUGAGCUUGCUUUUUUGUUUUCUAUUUUUCUCCUCAUUUAACAUUUGUUUCUACCAGAGAUUAAUGGGCUUGUUGCUGCAGAGUACUUAGAUUGUAUUGUAUAAUCGAGGAUGCAAAAGUGUGUACAGCAGAGUGUAAAAAAGCAUUUGUUCCAAAUACUCGCCCGGUUAUUUGUUUUGAUAAUAAAGUUGUGGUUUUU